UAAAGUAAAGAAAGGAUGGGAGAAGAGUGAGGAAGUGGGGAGCUGAAAACAUAAACGUGACGUUAAGAAGAGCGAGGUCGAUGUAGAGACGUUUCCUGCUGCGCUGAAAGUCCCAGUGGUUUUUCUGGAAACUGCGUCAAAAUAGAGGAAACAGAAAGAAAAAAAAAACAAUCAUCACACAAGACAUUUUGGGACUAGAUGCAGAGGGAGAUGCCUGCCCAGGCCUGGAUUUGUGUUUGUUUUUUGUUUUGUGGCUUAGGAGAAGGCUGUGUUGUGUAGUCCUUUUUCAGCCGUCCAACAUGUGUGGAGAGAAGAAAUAACUUAUGGAAUAGAGCCUGAGAAAUCAUCACCAUCUGUAGUGAUGAAGUGCCAGUAGGGGAACUGUUCCCGUGAAGGAUGUUUUGCAUCACCCAUGAGAGCGAGGCAUAAGAGCGCAGCUGUCAAAAGUGGAGAACGAGCAACAUUUUGCAUCAGUCAAAGAGAUUUAUGAUGCCUCGCAAACGAAUUCCUCUCAUUGGUUCAUCUGGGAGCGGAACAGGCCCGCCUCCCUUUAAUUCCACUGCUCUCCAUCAACCACGCCUCACGAAUCGCAAGAAACCUAACCGACAGCUCCAGACUUUGUCGUCCUCUCAGCAUCACCCAGGACCUUCUUCCAUCCUCCUCUCAGACAACGUAACACCGUGGGGUGGCCUUGCUCACUCCGAAUCCUCCUUUGCCAUAACAACCCCAGCAAUUACACCAACAAGACCCCCAUCCGUCCCACCUGGUCCUCAGCCGAUGGUUACCAAUCCUCAUGAGGAGGAGGAGGAAAACGAUGAAUGUUCAUGUUCAGGUUUCAGCUCCGAAAUAUCAACUCCAUGCCUGUUGGUCCCUCGGAAAAACACAGGUGGAGUGGGCAGAAGGCUGCAGGCGAGAAGCAGGGUCGUACCUCAGUGCCAGGUUCCUCGCCUUCCACGCCUGCCGCCGCUGAAUCCAAUCACCGAGCUCAGCUUCUCUCGAAGCUUCACGUUUUCCUUCUUCGAGCUGCCGCUGCAUCACUCCCCUCACUGUCGGGCAGAACGUGCCAGAAACCUCUUUCAGCUGCUGAAGCAGAUACACUACUGAGGACUCUUUGCAAUAAAGGACUGUGAAACAAAUCUAAAUGUCUGAAUUGUCAAAUUAAUGGUGGUGAAGAAAACAACGAACACUCUGAAUUUAUAACUCGUCACUCCCAUCAUAUGGGCACAUUGUGCUGCGUCUCGCAUGCUUCACUCGGCUGUGGUGUCAGUAAAAUACCCAUUAACAGCCCUAUUGAGUGGAUUGAACAGUUUCAAACUGCUGCUGUUCACGA